AAUUAAAUGCUCCGUUUGGCAUCCGUUAUUAACACUUACAGAAAAUCUGCCAGAUUUCUACAGUGUAAUUAUUGCAGAUGUCAUGUGCAAAAGUUUCUAGCAUCUUCGUGGUCAGAUACAUGCAAUCUACCGAAAGCUAGUAUCCCUACUCGGCACAAGGCAGCGAACGAUCUGGAUAUACAAAACGAUCCCCUAUUUUACUCGGAAAAACACCCGAAGAGCUCGGAAGAGGCUGAAAUAGUGCUGCACGAUGGACCUCCGUAUGCAAAUGGAGAUCUGCACAUGGGUCACGCCGUGAACAAAGUUUUGAAGGAUUUCAUCGUACGCUAUCAUCGCAUCAAUGGAAGCAGAGCGACUCUCAGUUUUAUUCCUGGGUGGGACUGUCAUGGUAUGCCAAUCGAACACAAAGUACUCAAAGUUCUAAAGAACAAUAGCCGUUCUACAACUGUCAAAGCUACGACAAUAAAUGACCCAGUUUAUGUCAGAAAAGAGUGUCGAAAGUUAGCCGAGAAUUGUAUUGAUAAGCAAAUGGAAGGCUUCAAACGUUGGGGAGUUUCGGCUAAUUGGGACAGUCCUUACCUGACUUAUGACACGAAGUUUGUAGUCGAAGAACUAAAAAUUAUUUACAAAUUUUUCGAAGCAGGAUUGCUUUUCCGUGGUAAAUUGCCUGUUCAUUACUCGCCGUCAAGCGCUUCGGUUUUAGCCGAUUCAGAGAUUGAAUAUAGAGAUUUGGACUGCACCGCAGUUUAUAUUGGACUGCUUCUGACGAAAUUACCCAAAAGCUGGAAAACCUUGAUGCUCGCUGAAAAUUCGAAAAUCAAUGUAGUAGUUUGGACCACGCAAGCAUGGACUGUACCUGCGAACGCGGCUAUUGCUUUCAACCCAGGGUUGAAAUACGUUUUGGUUUCUGAAGAAAACACCGAGGAAAUAUUUUUGAUUGAAAAGUCUGCCAAAGAGCACCUGGAGCAAAAGCUGAAACGACGUUUGAACGUUUUUAGAGACGUGCAAAGUAAUGAAUUAGAAGAAGUUGCCUAUCAACUAGACUUCGACGGAAAAGGCGAGAAGAAAUUGUUUGCAGCCGAUUUCGUAACGUCAGAAACUGGUACUGGAUUUGUUCAUAUCGCACCGUCGCACGGAAGCGAAGAUUUCAACCUAGCCCGGGAAAAUGACAUUUCUUUUCAGUCGGCAGUCGACGGCUCGGGAAAAUUUAACUGUCCUGAAAUAUCUGAGCUGCACGGACAACUUGCCAUGGGAUCGGGCAACGAAGCGUGUAUUAAAAAAUUAGAAAAUAUGGGUCUGAUUUUACAUAAAGAUAGAAUAACCCAUUCGUAUCCUUGUGAUUGGAGAACGAAAGAACCGGUUAUGACUUUAUUGAGCCAACAGUGGUUCAUCGAUGUGUCAAAAAUAAUUCCAGAUGCAGUUGAAAGUCUGCAAAAUGUGAAUUUUGUUCCUGCAAAUAGCAAAACUUCUUUUGUGAAGAUGCUAAUUGAAAGGUCUCAAUGGUGCAUUUCAAGACAGAGAGAUUGGGGCGUCCCGCUGCCAGUAUUCUACGACGAAAACGACAAUGUUGUCUUAAACAAUGAGAUCCUAAAUCAUUUGAUAAGCGUAUUUCAAGAUAACGGCGUAGAUUCAUGGUGGAACUUUGAUUCUGAACAGCUGCUUCCUGAAGUGUAUCAAAAAAAGGGACUUCGAAAAGGGUCUGAUAUUUUGGAUGUGUGGUUUGACUCUGGAUCUAGCUGGCAAACAGUUUUGGGUAGCGAUGAGACUGUGGCAAAUCCAAAGAAAGUGUUCUAUGUCGAAGGUCGAGACCAGUAUCGUGGCUGGUUUCAGAGCUCGCUUCUCACUUGCUUCGCCAUUAAACGACAGGCUCCUUUCACACAUUUGUACGCUCAUGGAUUUGUGCUAGAUCAAAGUCAGAACAAGAUGUCAAAGAGUGUAGGAAAUGUGGUUGAUCCUAAAGCAGUCGUAGCUAAAUACGGAGCUGACACUCUUAGAUUAUGGGUAGCUCUUGCAGACACGACUGACGACAUAGCGUACAGCGAGCGCAUUAUGGAAAAAACCGCAACAGCUUACCAAAAAUUCAGACUAAUUUUACGUGUCUUAAGUGGAAACUUGUACGAUUUCAACUCUGAAAAUUCUUUAUCUUGGCACAAAAUGAAACCAAUCGACCAAUACAUAAUUGUAAAAUGUAAUGAUAAUGUGAAGAAGUAUCACGAAGAAAUGAACCAACUAUCGUUUCACACUGCUGUUCACGGAUUACUCAAUUUUGCUCACGAUGACGUAUCGACGUUCUAUCUUUCAUCUAUCAAAGACAGAUUGUAUUGUGAUCACGCCAGUUCUCAAACUAGGCGAAGUGCGCAAUCGGCUUUGCUGCAUGUUUUUAAGAAGCUGCAUAGCAGUUUGGAACCUUUUGUGCCCUAUCUUUGCCAUGAAAUUUGCCAAGGGUUUCUUUUUAGUGAAGAUGAUUUAUAUAGCGAUAAUUCGCGCGAUUUCAAAUCAGAUUAUCUGGAAAUUUUUGAGCUUUUGAAAAGUGUAAGAAGUGAAGUAUUGACCGAAGUAGGAAAUGAUCUCAAGGUGCUAGAAAAAUGCGACAUUUGUUUUUAUUAUCUUAACACUAAUGUGCUUAGUCCCUUGUUAUCAGAAGCAUGCGUGCGUGAAAUCAUUGGCUGUAGAACAGCUAAGUUUAGAACUGGUGCUCAUUUUCAGCCAUCCAAUAUUGUUGAAGUUUCGGAGAUUUGUGCGAAUAGUUUAAAAAUAGGUUAUGAUGUCAAUGAAACUUUUGAAAAAUGUCCUCGGUGCAGAUUAUUUUUGUCUGAUGCAAUCGAUCAGUUGUGUAGGCGUUGCAGCGAAGUUGUACAUAAAUAAAUAUAAAUAUCAAAUUGACGACAGGUUUCAUUUAAAAGUUUGCCGUCAGUUUUGAGAGUUUACUUGCCGUUGAGUUACAGAAUAUGGUCAACAGUGUUCGUUCCCUAACUUGUAAGAAAAAUUAACACCA